AUGUCAGGUGUAUCACUUGCGGUGGCUCAUACUCAUGGCUCUGACUCAGACAAAACAUCCACCGUCCCUGCCACUGCCACUGCCACUGCCCAACACCAAAAAGAGGUGACAAGUGGUGGUAUGAUGGGAUCUCUACGCUGGAUCGAACUCCAGUUGGUAGCUUUUGUUAUGGUUUUCUCAGCCAUUGGUCUGGUCCCACUCUUUGAUCUCCUUUUCCCGGCUUUCACCACUGCCUAUCUUCUAAUUCUAUCACGACUAGCGUUUCCUGGUGCCACAACCUGUAAGGAAAUAGUACAAGGAUCAAGUGGAAUGCUACGUGUCUACGCUAUUAUGGGGACGGUAAUUGGGCUAUUUUUGCCCUUAGCUUAUGUGUUGGGAGGGUAUGCAAGGGGGGAUGAGAAAGCAGUUCGGUCCGCCACACCCCAGUUGUUCUUGCUUUCUUUUCAAAUACUAACCGAGAAUGUUAUAAGCGGAUUGUCAUUGUUUUCAGCUCCCAUCAGGGCCUUAGUACCAAUGUUGUAUACGGUUAGAAGACUAUUCGUUAUAUUGGAUUGGAUACAAGAUGUGUUGCUCAACAAGUCCCUCAAUACAAAUGCUCCCAUCGAGGAUAUUGCAUGGUAUUGGUUUGGGAUAAGCCUAGCAGUGACGAAUCUUAUAUAUUUUUCAAUCAAUAUCUUUGCAUUCUUGAUUCCACGUUUUCUGCCAAAAGCAUUUGAGCAAUAUUUCAAGGAGAGAAACGAGACACAGGCAAAGUUGGCCGAAGACAAACGUCAAAGUGAACAACCCAAAGAUAAGAAGUUCGAUUAA